UGUUCCUUCCAGUCUCAAUUGAAGGCUCUGAACUUCGAUACCAUCCAACAUGAAAUUAUGGCGUACCCUACCCCUUAUUGUAGGCCUUGUUUCCCUUGCCAGAGCAGACCAAGUCGCUCUCCACGAACCCUCAGACGAAGCAUCGUUACUCUCACAAGCCACCUCAGAUGAGCUCCUCUACAUCCACCGAACGCUCAUCGAAAUCGAAUCGAUAACAGGAAAUGAAGAGAAAGUUGGGAAAUGGCUAGAAUCAUACUUGAAAGAGAAAGACUUCACGGUCGAGCUGCAGGAAGUGUCGUCGAAGCGGUAUAACUUGCUUGCCUAUGGGAAGAAGAGAGAAACUACGAUAUUGGUGACUUCACACAUCGAUACAGUGCCUCCAUUUUGGCCCUACUAUCAUAACAAAACCACGGAUUUAAUCGGUGGUCGCGGUUCGGUGGACGCGAAGGCCAGCGUGGCAGCGCAGAUAAUGGCAGUUCGGGGUCUGAAAGACCAGCUUCAAGAUGACUUAUCUCUAUUAUUCGUCGUUGGGGAAGAAACCGGGGGUGAUGGCAUGCGCGCUUUUUCCGAAAUGGAGGAUCGCCCUGAGUAUGACAUCGUUAUCUUCGGAGAGCCUACCGAGAGCAAGCUAGUAUGUGGCCACAAAGGUAUGCUUGGAUUCAGCCUCAAGGCGACCGGUAAAGCUGCUCACUCUGGAUACCCAUGGCUCGGCGUGUCUGCAAACGAUGUUCUAGUUGAAGCUUUAGAAAGUAUGCUCGUAUUGAGGAAGCGCUUGCCCUGGAGCGAAAAAUAUGGGAAUACGACGAUGAACUUUGGUAAAGUGGAAGGUGGUGUGGCUGCAAACGUUGUUGCAGAAGCUGCAGAAGCAAAUAUGUCGGUGCGGAUAGCUGCCGCAACUCCUCAAAUUAUCAAAAGCAUGAUUGUGGGUGCUUUGGAAGGCGUGAAAUCGAAGGCGCAGGAGCUCGGAGGGGACCUUGAGAUCGAAUGGGUUAGCGAGGGAUACGCGCCUGUUGACAUUGACUGCGAUGUCGAGGGAUUUGAGACGGUGACGGUUAAUUACGGGACUGAUGUUCCCAAUCUGAAGGGAAACCAUAAGAAAUAUCUCUACGGCCCGGGGAGCAUAUUCGUUGCGCAUUCAGACCACGAGGCACUCAAGAAGAAAGACCUCGAGCAGGCAGUGUUGGAUUUCCGAAGAUUGAUCAUAGCAACCUCUAUGAUGCAUCACGAUGAGCGUGAGGAAACAUGAAUCGAAGUGCAG